AUGAACGGUGGUCAACCGGUGGGGACGAUAGAGGAUCAGCUUCGACAUGUUGAUCGGAUAAUCAAGGAGUGCGACCAAUCGCGGAAAUGCCUCGAGUCUGUGAGCAGAAGACUGGAUGAUCUACAUGAUGAAGUAAAGCGCUACCGAGACUUCCUUGGUCACGAAAAAGCCCGACGAGACCCAGCACUCUACAAAACGAGCAACUGCGAGCGCCCCUCGGCCUAUAACGUGGCCAUUUGUGAUACGAUGGGCAAUCUGACCGCUCAAUUAGCACAGGAAUGGAGCGAGAAGCUGCGUGCUAUUCACUCACUACUCUCAUCGCCGACCCCCUCGACGCCCGGCUCACGGGCAUCGGAUCGCAAU